AUGCGGAGUGCGUAUGGCGCACGUGUGAAACUCGCCAGGUUUUGCAAGGGUAGCGAGGUGGAGCCUCUUCUUCCUGAGGAUUUCCAACGCUUGCGGGUGGGCACCCGCAAUGCGCUAUCUCCGAAGCACAUCGGCUCUCCUCGCGAGCGCCUAUUGGACCGACGGUUCUCCAUGCACUCGACGAUGUUUUACUCCGGUAGGGCGUACUGCCGUCCUUCACGGCCAUCGCUCCCACCUGGUGUUAUGCUCAAUAAAUGUGAGCUCAUCCUUGUAUUCACCGCUGGGAUCUUCGCCGCUUUUCCUUCCAUGUACAUUAAUGACGCUCUUGUGCCUCUUAGCACGUAUCUGCCCUACUAUUAUAAGGGGAUCACAGAUUCUGCAAUGGGAUGGCUGACCUCUGUGCCUUUCCUUCCCUCAUUAGUCAUUACUAUUUUAGUAGCCCCUCUAAUAGACAAAUACGGACCCGUAGCAGUAGGGAUCUUUUGCUGCAUUUGGUUUGUAGCUGUCUCCAUCCUUAUUCCCUUUGUGCAGGCGUCUUUUAGCUGGCUACUUGUCACCCGUGUCUUGUUUGGUCUUUUCUCUGAAUCAUCGUGGAUCGUCCAGGCCUCUCUGAUAGCCAAGUAUAUGCCAAUCCACCUAGAGUCCUUUGGGUUCGGCCUGUGCAUGAGCAUCUCUACCGCAGCUGCCUUGCUUUGCUUUGGCACGAUUCCUCCCCUCUUCAGCGACAUAAACUUAUCUGUCUUGGAGGGACCAGAGCCCAUGGCUCAAGUAGAGUACCUUAGGUUAGAGAAGAGAAUAAUACUCUCAUACUGGCUAUCUGUUGUCAUUGCCGUAUUAUCCCUAGUCAUCUUUUCCGCGUGCAGUCUGCCAUUGGUGAGGAUUGACAAGCGAGCACGGGUGGCCCGGGAAGAAUACUUCAAACACACAGCGUUCGUGCCCACGCUUCCGGUGUACAUCAAUACUACAAUCCUUCCACGACUACCUGCAAGGCCGAAUCGCUCCUCUCAGACAUUCUUUCUGAAACAGCUGGUCAGCCUGCCCCCGGACUUCUGGCUAAUUAACUUCAGCUUCAGCAUCCUCCUUGCCGUUUGUGAGAGCUGUCAGACUCUUCUUCUCACCUUCAUUCAAGUGCAACAUGAGGAGAUCACUAGCCAUACUGCGGAGUACUUUGGUGUCAUGCGGACCCUCUUUGCCGUCAUUUUUGGGCCACUUUGUGGAAUCCUUGCUGGCGCAGUCGGCAGGCGGCCCUUUCUGGGGUGCAUUACGUACAUCAGCAUUACUGUGGCAUUUGUCCUCAUCAUGGUCCUCCCGGCGUGGUACAAUCUGAUUCCGAUGGCGAUCAUUGGGAUUGCAGACGGUGGUAGCUCGGCCUUCCUCAAGAGCCUCUUCAGCAAGGUUGUGAGCAGCUCUCAAAUCAACACUGCCUAUGCCAUUUCGGAGAGUUUUCUUAAUGUCUAUCAGUUUGCUCUGCCUCCUCUCGCGGGGUUUGUUAGUGAUCUUGUUCGUCUAAAUAAUGGCAAGUCGUAUGGGACUCCCUUGACAUUUACCGGGGUCCUGAUUGUCGGUACAAUUAUUAUCUUUAUUAGUAUACGUCGAGACAAGUCUGUCUUUCGAGGAAGACUUAGUUCACGCACGUAG